AUGGACACCCAAGUAGUACCAGUGCAUAGUAGGGUUCAUCAACCAUGCGCAGCUUGCCGGAUGCUACGCCGAAGAUGUGACAGAAAUUGCUCACUUGCACCAUAUUUCCCAGGUGAGGAGAUUGAGAAGUUUGCUGGUGUGCAUAAAGUUUUUGGUGCUAGCAAUGUGAUCAAAAUGAUUCAGAUGGUGGAAGAGACAAGAAGGGAAGAUGCAGUGAAAGCUCUAGUGUAUGAAGCAAGAGCAAGGCUCAGAGACCCUGUUUAUGGCAGCACUGGAGCUAUUUUCCAUUUGCAGAAGAUGAUUGAAGAACUCAGAUCCCAAUUGGAAUCAAUAAGAUCUCAAGUCUUGGAGCUGCAACAACACAGAGAUCAGUUGUUGGGCAUUCUCAUGAACAAUGUUCAUUGCCUUGAAGAUGAUCUAUUCUCCACCAUGCAACAUGACCCAAUGUUUGGUGGUGACGUAUAA